AUGACGAUGCUGUUUCUCAUCAGAACUCCCGAAGAUAGGGGUUCCCUUUCACUAUUCAAUACCUCUGUUGACGGCCCUGUUUCACAUUCAACUACAACUUCUGAAAAUCAUCAUCUUUCCUCAACUCCUUCCGCUCUGUUUGUCGACUUCGGCGUGAAACCAUCAGCUGAAGAACUGAGAGCCAAAGAUUUCCUGCAGAAGAUAACAGAACAACUUCCGGAAAUCAUGAAGUUCACACAGUGUGAACUGGAGCAGUAA